AUGACCAACAACAAUCGAUCUCCCAUUGUCUACUCAACAAUCAACCAAACUGCUUUCAGUCUAAGAAACAGCGGUCUAAUUAAUCAAUCAACAUCUUCUCUUCCUCCACAACAACAACAACAACAACAACAACAAAAGUUUGAUGUCGAUCAACAAUUUCCAAGUUCAGCAGAUAAUAAUCUUGCUCAAAUGGACUUUAGCUUUUCUGUGGAUUUUGGGUCUUGGUCGCCAUCGUCAGCCCAGUCUUCUCCUGGGGGCUCUUCCUCAUCAUCAGUCGCUUCCACGUCUCAAAUGGUUGGUGCACCCCAAGCCGUUGUUGGCAGAAAGAGCAAGGAUGUAACAAAAAAGGUUGUCUCUCCAAAGAAACUUCAACAACAACAAAAGAAACAAAAGAAACAACUUGCUGGUGCUGGUGCUGGUGCUGGUGUUGGUGUUGGUACCGCCACGGCUUCUUCUGCUUCUGCCUUUUCUGCCUCUGAUGCUCUAACCCCUGGGAUGAAUAUGGUACUGACAUUAACCUCCGAUUGUGUAGUAGAGAAAGGAAUAACGGGUCCUUGGGGACUACAGUUGUCUGGUCAUUUUGUUCGUGCCGAUGAUUCAAUCACCAAGCGCCAACAUAUUGUUGUCAUUGCAUCGGUGCACUCUGAAGAUAACGAGACUUACAACCUUGAAAACUAUACCGGCAAUUGUUUGGAUGACGGUACUGUCUGCCUCAAAGGUAUCAGAGUGACUAAGACCAAAGAUAGUGACUCUACAGGAACUUUCAAGUUGCGCUUUAUCGCCUAUGACAAGUUCAUUCAUCCAAAUGGAGAACUAGUUCCCAUUCCCAACUGUAACGUUGAGUCUAAUUUCAUUACCUACUUGUCCGGCACCAAAUGUAUGUCGCCUGCUACCAUCCUCAAUGUCGAGAGAGUCGCUGCCGACCAGUUGCCAAGCGGUUUUAUCACUGAUGACUCUAUCACUUACAAGCUUACAGGUGAUAGAUUCAAGUCUGGCAAAUCCUACAACAGUAUGUUUGGAUACCAACAUCCAAAAACCUUCGAGAUUGUCUAUUACGUCACAGAGACCGUUAAAACUCGCCUCGCUUUUUCCUUGAACAAAAAGGUAUCUUGCUUUCUCUCUGUUCCAAAUGAAUACAAAGACUUUAACUUGGUUACUGGUUUUUAUCAUAAUGAAAAACGUGCUAAAAAUGUUCAGGGUCUUUAUACUAAAGAGGAUAAAAAGAAUAUAGCCUUCGUUUGGUCCACCAGUUCCUUUCAAAUUCAAAAAUAA